UUGUCGUUGACCUAAUACGUUACUAAAUACGAAUAUUUAAAUUAUAGAUACACUGUUUACAAAAUCCAUGCCAAAUACUUAAGUUGGUAUUUCUAAAAAUAUAUAUUAACAAUAAUAAAACAUCAGCGACAAGGUACUUCAAAAUAUUAUCAGUUAUAUCAUAAUGCAUGCCAGUACAGUCCGACAAAUAUUAGCAUCGUUUAUUAUAACGCUGUCGGUGCUAAUGUCGGGCACGUUCUUCGGGUGGCCGUCACCGGUGCUGCACUCGGGGAAAGUGCCAGCCAACAUGACGUCGGCGCAGGAGUCAUGGAUGGUGACGUGCAUCGAGAUCGGCAACCUCCUGCUGCCACUACCCGCCGGCUACCUGAUGGACGUCGUCGGUCGCAGGACGUGCCUGGCCGUGUCCGCACCGCUGGCGCUGGCCGGUUGGGCGCUGAUUCGGUUGACCAGUGACGUGCGAUGCCUGUACGUGGCUCGCAUCCUGCACGGUUGUGCCAUGGCCGUUGCGUACACCGUAUCGCCCGUAUACUUGGGCGAAAUAGCUGGCACGGACUUGCGAGGCUCGCUCAGCCUGUUCUUCCAAGGAAUGAACUCUUCCGGCAUACUGUUUGUGUACAUUGUCGGCUGGAUGGUGACGUACAAUGCACUAGCGGUCGCAAUGAGUGCGGUGCCGACGUCAUUGAUUAUACUGUUGAUAUUCAUACCAGAAUCACCUCAUUACCUGUCGAUGAAGGGCGAUAACGACGGAGCGCUCAAAUCGCUGUCGUGGUUGCGGUCGUCCGACAACGCAGCAGAGCUAGAACACGAAGUACGGUCGAUGGCGACGUCUUCGUCCGGGGUCGGGAACGCGGACAGCCUGUUGAAAACGUCCGGCCGAGCGUUGGCCAUCGUGCUGGUCAUGGGAACGUGCCAGAUAUUCAGUGGCAUCAGCGCACUCGAGGCAUACGCGUCCACCGCGUUCAAGGGCGACUCCAAAUCCGGCGUCGGCGAUAGUGGUGACGGCAUGAUGACCGCCGACGCGUGCGCCGUCAUGUUGGGCCUUGUGGCGCUGUCCAGCGACCUGCUGUCCGCCGUGAUCAUAGACCGUUUUGGCCGGCGACCGCUGCUACUCGUCUCAUGCAUUGGCUGCAGCAUCAGCCAUGCGGCUGCUGCGUACGGCCUGUACCGCGGCCGCCAUGAGCUGUUGGUGCUAGCCACGCUGGCCGGCGCCAUGUUCUUCGCCAACACAGGGAUCAUGCCGCUGGUGACCACAAUCGUGUGCGAGUACUUCCCCACCAACAAACGGGCGCAGGCCAACGGCAUCACGCAACUGGUAAUGACCAUCGCGUCGCUGGUGUCGCUGAAGAUCUACCAGCCCAUUGCCGACGUGUACGGCGUGCAUAUGAACUUCGCGCUGUUCGCCGUCGUAUCCGUGUUCAGCGCGGCGUUCGUAUACCGCUUCAUACCGGAGACCAAAGGCAAGACGUUCAAGGAGAUCGAAAUGAUUUUCAGCGAAAAGAAAAUCGCUGCGGAUAGUGACGGCGGCGGUGGCCACGUGCUCUGCUGCUGUUGACGUGUCAUUGUUGAGACGUGCCCCAGGCGAAUUCCGCUCACGUGAAUUAGCUGCACGAGCUCUUUAGGAAUUCGUCUCGGGUCCAAUCGAAUCUAUCCUUUGCGAAUUCCUUUGCGUCAAACGAGCGAGGCACAGGCCGCAUCUCAACCGAUAAUCGAGAAACGGCUAAACAAUUUUCAACUGUAAUACCCACGAAACGAAUGACAAGAUAAAGCACAUAAAACUCUUGACCCGUGGUGUAAUCAUUCACGUCAUGUAUACAUUAUACUAUGUAUUUCUCGUGUGAAAAUGCUCAGAAAAAGUUACGGUCGAAAAUUUCAUCGUAUUUAACUUGUAUUUUUUUUUUAUUAACGUCCAAAACACGCUCGUUCAACUUCGAUAAACAAAUCAAAUCGAUCACCAGUUAUAAUAAUUACACAUAUCAAAUUUAUCAUCAAUUAGGUACAUUUUACACCAGUGUAUAUUAUUUUAACAAUGAAACUUGUCUUUAAGGAUCUCGUCUAUGACCGCGCAUACUUGUGUAGAGACAACCAUUUUUCUGCAAACUGAUUAUACACGCAAACGUACCGUUAUAAAACGAAAACUUGUGGAAACUUAACGUUUUUAUUGGUCCCAAACGGAUUCCGACUAAAGACAAGUUUUGCCGCAUACAUAUAUUAGUAUACCAAUACACGGAUUACUCACGAUGUGUUAAUGUUUUAUUUAACACCAACACACAACGUGCAUUUUAUUAAUUACGUUUAUUUUGUCCAUUUUUUAUUUUUACUAUUUAUUUUGUUUAUUAUAUACUAUAAAAGAAAAACAUUUUUUUUUACUCACGUUCU